AUGGCCCACACUAAGCCGCAUGAUUCUUCACUCUCCGACGCCAAGCAUCUGCAUUAUAGCAAUGAUGCCUCAGAGGGAACUGGCUCGGCUCAGGUUUCCGAGGCACGGCCAGCUCCCAUAGAACGACGGGGUUCGUCGUUCAUGAAAUUCGUCGCUUCAAUCUUGGGUUCUAAAAGCCCGAUCGCACACCCUGCGGACCCACACACGAACACCGUCUGGCUACUGGAUAACACCGCAUACCAGCCUGUGCCUGAGCCAGGGGACUCAGACCAGCCCGAUCAACCAGCACCAUGGCGCGCCGAGUUCGUGGCUUGCAUCCUCGAGACAGAAGGCCGCAAGGAUAUUGGGAAACUAGUCGCCUCGAUAGCAGACCACAUCGGACUGGACGGUGAAACAGGCAUCGCCGAUGAAGAAGCGCACCAGCGGAUCGUGGAUCGCAUCCAGCCAUUCGUCGAUAACGUUUCUCCGGGUCGAACAGUCACAUUACAGCUUGACAUAGCCGGCACAGAACAGUCACACCAACUAGGUCCCUCAGACCGAAACGGGAUAAUCAGCCAAAUUAUUGAACUGGGGGUGCCGACCAUCCCAGACGGAACAGUCUUACGACCAUGUCUAGCCAAUUUCGGAAAUAGCAUUGCAUCAAUGGAAACGCACUUCGCAGCUCCGGAAGGCUGGUUGGUUAUUUCUGAUAUCGACGACACGAUCAAGCGUACAAUGACGGUCGAUCCAACAGGAAUUAUCCGCACAACAUUCACAGAGGAACCGGUUCCGAUCAUUGGCAUGCCGGAAUUCUACCGCUACGUUCACGAGGAGCUGGAUCCUGCCUGGUUCUAUCUCUCCGCUUCUCCGUACAACCUCUACCCUUUUCUACGCAGCUUCAUACACGAGUACUACAUCCCUGGUACGCUGGUGCUGCGCGAGUACUCUUUCUUGGACAUUAGUGGCUUGAUCAAGUCAUUAACGGAGCGGACACAGGAGUACAAGAUGGAUCGGAUAGAGAAGAUUCGCCGCUGGUUUCCAGCGCGGAGAGUGCUUUGUAUUGGAGAUUCAACGCAGAGUGAUCCCGAGGCCUAUGCAGAGAUUUAUCGGAAGUAUUCAACUUGGAUUCAUGCGAUUGCUAUUCGGAAGGUUACGGAUGUGGCGCAUAUGGAUGAGAAGAAUAAGGAUGAGAGGUUUGAGAAGGCGUUUAAAGACGUUCCAGCUUCGGUUUGGACAGUCUUCGAGGAUCCAGUUGAGCUCUAUGGGUUCGUAGAUGGAUUAGGAAUGGAGGAUCAGGCUUUGUAA